UGAGAAGUACUGGGUGGGGUACUACUUCAAUAGCUUGUUUUCUCCACAGUAUUAAUAAUCAGCCAGGUGGUGGUCUUUGCAACAGAACCUUACUAGCUUUGAGACCUGACAGUUUCAUCUGCAUCACCAUGGCUCUUUGGAUCCGUUCCCUACCUCUCCUGCUGCUGCUGGCUGUUUCAGCUCCCAGCCAAGCUGCUCCCAAUCAGCGUCUGUGCGGCUCUCAUCUGGUGGAAGCUCUUUUCCUUAUAUGUGGAGAACGGGGCUUCUACUAUUCGCCCAGGGAACGAAGGAACAUGGAACAACCACUAGUGAAUGUUCCUUUAUCGAAUGAGGUAGAAGUACCACUCCGAGAAAUCCAGAAAAUUCAGAAGAGAGGAAUUGUGGAGCAAUGCUGUGAAAAUACCUGCUCUCUCUAUGAACUAGAGAACUAUUGUAACUAGAAGAAAAGAAACUGGUCCAUGCAGGAAUGGAGAAAAAAGCACUUUGCUA